UCUCGCGCUAACAAGAAAAAGUUCAAACAAGCUCCAUUGCAUGAGCCUUGCGACGCUGCUUCACACGUUCACAUAUCGAUAGCAAUUGUUCACAAUGGACCCCUCCAAAGGUUCCAGAAAGCGCAAGGCAGUCACUAGAGAUCUAGGCGAGGAGCCUGGAGUGGUCUCUGGGGACGAGCUCAAUCUGGACACUCUGGAUGGGAUCUCCGGCGACUCUGAUCUUGAGCAGAGUAGCGAUUCGGAGAUAGAAUUGAUCGACGACCUCAUCAGUGACGAUGACGAGGAAGAUGAAGAUGAAUUUGACAGCGAUGAAGUUCCCUCGGAUAUCGAGUCCAAGCCUGUUAGUGGAAAAUCAAAGCCAGACCGAGGCGUCGACAUCGUUGUUCGGGGCGAGCAUGCCGCAUCGGACGGAGGCUUUGCGUUUGAGGGUGAUGAAGACGAUGACGAUAAACCCAAUUACCGAGUUACGAAGGAUGCCAAUGGAAACGAGCGGUAUAUCUACGAUGAAAUCAACCCAGACGAUAACUCAGAUUACUCUGAAGCGGACGAAAAUGCAAAUACCAUUGGGAAUGUCCCGCUCUCCUUCUACGACCAAUACCCACACAUUGGCUAUAACAUCAAUGGCAAAAGAAUAAUGCGACCGGCAAAGGGACAGGCUCUUGAUGUGUUACUGGAUAGCAUUGAGCUUCCCAAAGGCUUUACUGGCCUAACUGACCCUUCGACCGGAAAACCUUUGGAAUUGAGUCAAGAUGAAUUGGAGCUGCUGCGCAAGGUGCAAAUGAACGAAAUCACCGAAGAUGGCUACGACCCUUACCAGCCAACUAUCGAGUACUUCACUAGCAAGUUGGAAGUUAUGCCACUAAGCGCCGCACCAGAGCCGAAAAGGCGAUUUGUCCCUUCGAAACAUGAGGCUAAGCGGGUGAUGAAGUUAGUCAAGGCAAUUAGGGAAGGACGGAUACUUCCCUAUAAGCCACCAGCCGAAGAAGAUGAAGCGGAGGAAGGGGUGCAGACGUACGACCUCUGGGCCAAUGAGACCCCACGGGCGGACCAUCCCAUGCAUAUACCUGCCCCUAAGCUUCCUCCCCCUGGUUAUGAAGAAAGCUACCAUCCACCACCGGAGUACCUACCUGAUGCAAAGGAGAAGGCCGAAUGGUUGAAUACAGACCCAGAGGAUCGUGAGAGAGAGUACCUACCGACUGAUCAUGAUGCCCUUCGAAAAGUUCCUGGUUAUGAGUCAUUUGUCAAGGAGAAAUUCGAGCGCUGUCUUGAUUUGUAUUUGGCCCCCAGAGUUAGGAGGAGUAAGCUGAAUAUCGACCCCGAAAGUUUACUUCCCAAGCUACCUAGCCCGGAAGAGCUGAAACCUUUCCCUUCUACCUGCUCCACUUUAUUCCGUGGACACCGGGGACGGGUUCGGACCCUGGCUGUUGACCCAACUGGAGUGUGGCUUGCGAGCGGUGGUGAUGACAGUACAGUCCGUGUGUGGGAACUUCUUACUGGCCGCCAGGUCUGGUCUGUGAAGUUGAGCGAUGAGGACCCUAUCAACGUUGUCCGAUGGAGACCUGGGAAAGAUGCCGUUGUUUUAGCGGCUGCCACGGGAGACAGCAUUCACCUUAUUGUACCUCCUAUACUUGACCCAGAGCUGGAGAAGUCCAGCCUUGAGAUUGUUGAUGCCGGAUGGGGAUAUGCGAAGACAGUUACGUCAGCCUCCGCCGGUAGCACGAAGAAGACGCCUGUCCAGUGGACUCGCCCUUCACCCUCCCUUCUCGACUCCGGGGUCCAGGCAGUUAUCUCGCUUGGUUACACAGCCAAGUCUCUCUCCUGGCACCGCCGCGGUGAUUAUUUCGUGACCGUAUGCCCAGGCACAGCCACCCCCGUUUCUCUCGCGAUAGCAAUUCACACCCUUUCCAAACACCUUACCCAGCACCCUUUCCGCCGUCGUCUGAAGGGCGGCGGGCCACCUCAAACUGCCCAUUUCCACCCGUCCAAACCCAUCCUCUUCGUCGCAAACCAGCGCACCAUCCGCGCGUACGAUCUUUCGCGCCAGACCCUCGUCAAGAUCCUCCAGCCAGGUGCCCGGUGGAUUUCUUCCUUUGACAUCCAUCCAACCUCCUCUACCACCUCUGGUGGCGACAAUCUAAUUGUUGGCUCCUACGAUCGACGCCUCCUCUGGCAUGACAUCGACCUCUCCCAACGUCCGUACAAAACGCUCCGUUAUCACCAGAAAGCCAUCCGUGCUGUGCGCUAUCAUGCCCACCAUCCGCUAUUUGCGGAUGCAAGUGAUGACGGCUCUCUGCAGAUUUUCCAUGGAAGUGUCACGGGUGAUCUUUUGAGUAAUGCAAGCAUUGUUCCGUUGAAGGUUCUCCGUGGCCAUAAGGUCACGGGAGAAUUGGGAGUUUUGGAUCUAGAUUGGCAUCCAAGGGAAGCAUGGUGUGUCAGUGCGGGCGCGGAUGGCACAUGUCGGUUGUGGAUGUAGGAGAUUCUGUUGUGUAUCAUGCAUGAUACGGGCCUCGAGCUCCUUGUGUUAUUGGGUUCCGGUUUUUCCACGAAGCAAGCCAUCUUUUUUUUUGUUUUUUCUUGUUUUGGCUAGUUUUCAUGUCCUUCUAAUAUAGAUACAAUAAAAUGUUUUUAGAGUCCCGCGAAUGAAAAAUCAUUUUAAUUACAAACCGGAAUCUUCCCAGACCUAUCCUUCUAUUUACAUUUCUAUAUAUUACUGCCUGACAAGUGAAACUUAUAAUGGUAAUCUCCAUCGGGGAAUAUGGGUUCAUCAAUUCAAACAGAAGUGAAGCCUUUCCAGCAAAGUUUUCAAUAUCUAAAGAACAUUCCCACCUUCCCAAUCUCUCCUUAACCUCUCAUAUUUCUUCAGAUCCGACACACUCGGCCUAAUACCAGCCUUCGCCGCCACAAAGUCUUCGAAACGUAUCGUAUCCCGCCGCUUGAUAGCAGAAUAACCAGCUCUGCGCAGCAACGACCCCAGAUCAGCACCGCUAAACCCUUCACACGACCUCGCCAACUCUUUGAUAUCAUCAGAGAACUCAAUCGGCAUUUUCCGCAACAGCGUCUGCAGAAUCUCAACCCGCUCAUCUGCAGUAGGCAGAUUUACAAACAGCAGCGUCUCCAAGCGGCCAGGCCGUAGCAUAGCCGGGUCAAUGAUAUCCGGCCGAUUCGUAGCAGCGAUGACAUAAAUGCCCUGUCGCGCGCUGCCCAGCCCAUCGAGCUCGGUGAGAAGGGUAUUGACGACGCGCGCGGAGGCUUCGGAGAGCGUAUCGUCACGGCGCGGCACGAGAGCGUCGAGCUCAUCGAAGAAAAUGACGCAGGGGACCGAGGAGCGAGCGCGCACGAAGACCUGGCGCACGGCGCGUUCGGAUUCACCUACGUAUUUAUUCAGCAGUUCGGGGCCCUUAACGCUGAUGAAAUUGGCGCGAGACUCGUUGGCGACUGCUUUGGCGAGGAGGGUCUUUCCGCAGCCUGGCGGGCCCCAAAGUAGGACGCCUGUUGGGGCAGUGAUGCCGACGCGGGCGUAGAUGUCUGGGUUGCGGAUUGGUUCGACAAUCGCGGUGGCGAGUUCGUCACGGAUGCCGCCUAGGGCGCCGAUGUCUGCCCAUGUUGUGUCUGGGAUGGUGGCGAAGCCUUCGCGCUUGGAGGAGGGUUGAAUUUUAGGAAGGGCGGUGAAGAAAUCCGUGUUGGAGACAGAUAUGGUUUGGGAUUCGGAGUGAAGAGGGGUUUCUCGGGCGUGUUUGAUGAGGCGGCGGAGUUCAAGGAUUUUAGGGCUGAUCUUCGUACUCUUGUCACCAUCAGCGUCAUUUGCUGUGUUUUCUAUUUCCAUUUCGUCGCCUGUAUGUGAUUUCAGGAGUUCAAUGUAUCGUUUUAUAGCAGCCGCUCCUGCUGUGGAAACGAGGUCGUUUAGGUCAGCACCGACAAAUCCAGGAGUUCUCUUUGCCAGGAGUUUGAAGUCCAGAUCAUCUGCAAGGUUCAUAUCCUUUGUGAGAGCCCGUAGAAUCUGCUCUCUCACAGGCUCGCUGG